AUGGUGAUUUCGAGCGACGGAAGUGACGUGGGCGGCUCAAACGCGGCGGAAGUGAUGGGAGACCUGCUGUCGGAGUCGGAGUUCGAGGAUUUGGUUCAUUUUUCUGCGCACGAGUUUCCCGCGCGUGGGUAUGAGGUCAUGGAGGAGAUACGACGUCAGGGCAAACUAUGUGACGUCACACUCAAGGUUGGGGAGCAUAAGUUCAGUGCCCACAGAAUCGUACUCUGCGCCUCCUCUCCGUAUUUUCACGCCAUGUUCACCUCCGACAUGUCAGAGAGCAAACAGGAGGAAAUCCUACUGCAGGGGCUGGAUCCAGGAGCUCUGGAGGCCCUCAUAAACUUCUCCUACAGUGGACAUCUGACCAUUGACCAGCAGAACGUGCAGAACCUCCUGAUUGGAGCCAGUUUCCUCCAACUGCAGAACGUGAAGGAGGAGUGCUGCUCCUUCCUCCAGCAGAGGCUGCAUCCGAAGAACGUUCUGGGUGUUCGCUCCUUCGCAGAGUCGCUCAUGUGCACCGCGCUGUAUGAAGCUGCCAACAGUUUCCUCCAUCAGAACUUUGUGGACGUCUCAGAGUCGGACGAGUUUCUGGCGCUGAGUUUGGAGCAACUUCUGGAGCUGACGGGCUGCGACGAGCUCAACGUCACACAUGAGGAACAGGUCUUUGACGCGGUCUUGUCCUGGGUCCACCAUGUCCCCUCCAGACAGGACGUCCUGCCCGAGCUCCUGCAGCAGAUCCGUCUCCCUCUGUGUCGACCGCAGUAUCUCUCCAAUGUGGUUCAACAGGACAGACUGCUGCGCUGCUGCCACAAGUGCAGGGAUCUGGUGGACGAAGCGAAGGACUUCCACCUGAUGCCAGAGCUCCGCCCUCUUCCUGCCUUUAAGCUCCGCCCCCGGGUUUGCUCCUCUCUGAGUGGUCUGUUGUAUGCAGUGGGUGGGCUCAGCAGCACAGGCGACUCUCUGAAUCUGGUUGAAGUCUUUGAUCCUGGGGCGAACGUGUGGGAGCCGUGUCAACCAAUGAAAACAGCCCGCAGCAGAGUGGGCGUGGCCGUGGUCAACGGUCUGCUCUACGCCAUUGGAGGAUAUGACGGCCAAUCACGGCUCAGUACCGUGGAAGUUUACAACCCCGAGACGGACAGCUGGGCUAGAGUGGCGAGUAUGAGGAGUCAGAGGAGUGCUAUGGGGACCGUUGUGUUGGAUGGACACAUUUACGUUUGCGGAGGAUACGACGGGAAAUCAUCUCUGAACUCAGUGGAGUUUUAUUCACCAGAGACAGACAGAUGGACUCCGGUUGCACCGAUGAGCGUGAGCCGCAGUGCAGCGGGAGUUGCAGUGUUCGACGGACAAAUUGUAGUGUCGGGCGGCCAUGACGGUCUACAGAUCUUUAACACGGGGGAGUCAUUCUGCCGCCACACCGGUCGCUGGGAGACCUUUUCCUCCAUGUUGAAUAAACGCUGUCGUCAUGGCGCCGCGUCACUCGCUGCUCAGAUGUUUGUCUGUGGCGGGUACGACGGCUCUGCGUUUCUGAGCAGCGCCGAGGUCUUUAGCUCUCACAGCCGACAGUGGAGCCUCCUGGUGGCCAUGGCGACACGCCGCAGCCGGGUCUCGCUGGUCACCUCGGGGGGGCGGCUCUUUGCGUUGGGAGGGUACGAUGGCCAGUCAAACCUUAGCUCGGUGGAGACCUUCUGUCCUCUGAUUGGUCGCUGGAGUUUCUGCGCCCACAUGAGCUGCCAUCAGGGCGGUGUAGGGGUGGGUUGUGUCCCUCUGCCGCUGUCAUGA